UAUAUUUGAAGUAAGAUAAUUCUUAAGAAAAUGAACACCUUAAAAUUCAUUGAUAAUAAAGAAAUAAUAAUUGAGAUUCUUCACUUGGCUAUAGAUUACCUGAUUGGAAAUAUUACUGACGAACAAACUCUUCGUUCGUCACACAAGUAUGGAUUUCAAAAUGCAGACGAUUUUCUGUUGGUCAUACGAAUCAUUUCAAAGUUUUACAAGGAUAUUUUAGUUAAAUGUGAAAAACUAACUCAAUUUUCGUGUAUAACCCCUGAAAUGAGCCGGCUUGCACAUCUUGUGCUAUCAGCACGCUACCCUGAGUUAAGGAGCAAUCUGGAGCAUUGGGAGUUCUUGGAAAAAAAGAAUGUCAUAGAAUCUUUUGUUUGGGACACACGGUUAAUAUUAGGAGAUAGCAGCUUUGGAAGAAAUAUACAUCAAUUAACAACUUUGGUUUUGCAAUACCGUCACAUACAUAUUCAAAAUGAGCUGUAUUUUGAAAUGAAUAGCGUUAUAUUAAGCGACUUCAUUUAUUUAUUAGAAAAUUUAUUAACCAGGUAAUCCAAAUAUUUUACAAAUAUUAUUGUUCUUAAAAUGUAAUUUUAAUUGAAAGUUUUAUCUGGUAGAUCUACAGACAUUUCUCAUUAAUACAGACACUUAAAUAUUGUUAUUCUUUCUAUUAAUAAACUUUUCUUUAUAUAGUUUCAUUCAGAACGAAGUAAUGUAAGGCUAACAAUAAAUGAUUGUCUCCAGCGAUUUUUUGGUCACUGCUUUCAGCACCGUUAAUUUGGUCAUAUUUUCGGGCUUAACCAACUGCAAGGUCUAAUAGAGAACGCUAUAGUCGAGAUAUACGACCGUCAGAUACCUGUUAAUAAGUUUGAAGUGUGAAGGAGAAAUUUAAAUUUUUUGUUUUGGAAUAUCGGUAGAAAUUGAGAAAAAAAAUUAAAAACAAAAUUUCGUAAGUGGGCGUCCGUUUUGAUGGGUGUGACAAAAAGUUAAACAAUUAAUAAAAAAAUCCGAAAAUAUCAAAACAAAA